UAAAAUAAGUUAAUCUUGAAUCUUGUAUGUAUAUCCAUAUUUUUGGUUCGUUCAUAACUUUAUGACUGAACUUAUCAUCCGAAUCUCAGCUAAAACCCAUUCAGUUCCCUCUUACUCCAUAUUUUCCAUUGCUCUCCUCCAUGAAUCUUGUUCGGUUCCAUUACCGAACCUCCAUUUUUCCAAAUUGUCUCUCCCAUUCCUCCUCUCCCCAAAUCCCCAAUCUCACUCUCAAAUGCUCUUAUUCUUCCAAAACCCAAACCCCAGCUCGGGACAGACCCAUCGACUUCGGAAAACACAAGGGAAAAUUACUGGGAACACUCCCUUCCAACUACCUCAAAUGGGUCUCCAAGACACUCAGAGCUCGGGAUUUUGAAGACUGGGCCAAGCUCGCCGACCAAGUCCUCCAAGACCCAGUUUACCAAGAUCGAAUCGAAUGGGAAUUCGCCCAGAACAUUUUGGAUGGUAAUAGGUCGUCGCUCCCCUCAUCUUCUGGGAAUGGGAAAGCGGUUUCUGAGUUACUAGAGGUAAGUGAGAAAUUUGGUUGGGAUAAUGAUGAUAAGGUUGGUUGGAGCAGAGUGGAUUUUGAGCUUCUGGGAACUUCGAAAAGCGGGCGGAUUCCCAGGGUAGGGGGAAGAAACGGAGGGAAAAGAGAGGAUUUGAGAGUGGAAAAGAGAGGGGAUGGAAAAGAGGAAGGGGAAGGAGGAGAGAGGAGGAGGGAAAGGAGGGAGCGGAUGAGGAUGAAGUUGAAGAAAGAGGAGAAAAGUAGUAGUGGUAGUUUGGGAAAUUCAGAUGUUGGUGGUAAUGGGAAUGAAGUGAUGAGAUUACAAAGGAAGAAGGAAAGUGCAGAAGAGGUUUACAAUCCAUUCCCUGGACGUGAAUCUCUCUUGAAAAAAGUACUCCAACGUAGAACAUUUUCAUAGCUUUUUUUUUUAUUUUGAAUUUUUAAGAUUUUGAUUGUAAUUUUUUAGCUAUUUAAUAAUGUAAUUUUCUUUUUCUUUUUUUAUUGUUAUUUAGGCGAAAGUUUGUAGACUUUUUUUUUUCGGGACAUUAUACACGGAGAGUGUCACCUCUUUCUUUGGGGUACAUUUCUGUACUCCAAUAUCUGAUCUCAAUAUAUGAGAUGGUUUAGUGAUAGAAACAUUUGCCAGGCUUUAUAAUAAUACUUCAAAUAUAUAUAAUGCAUAAACACAAGCUGUUUCUUAA